GCGCACUGUGGAGCCCGCGAUCCCAUGCUGCCAGAGCCAAGCCGCGUCAAACGCCGGAAUUGCCCUUUUCGCUUGAAAAUUAAGCUCUUCCCUGUCGCACGUUGAUGGAUUCUGGCACCCCAUUUGCUACCCGAAUUCUGUGAUUUCGCGCCAUCUGCUAGCCUGCGCUUCCGACACUACAUAUAUGUAGGUAUCGCGACUGUUCCUUCCUUCUCAACGUCCCAUCUCAUACUCACCUAUCGACCUCGACUUCGACUUCGCAAUGUCACUGUCCGCCAUGUUUUCCGCCGGCAGCAGAGCCGGCGCUGAGACGAAGCUGUUUCCUCGCCUCCGAGAUGUGUUCCUUCGCACUUGGGAUCUCGGCUUCACGUCGUUCGGCGGACCUCCCGUUCACUUCCAGAUUCUCCACCGCCGCUUCGUCGACGGUAUGGGAAAGACACCGUGGAUCGACGAACAAACCUACCAGGAGCUGUUCGCCAUCUGCCAAGCACUCCCCGGCCCCGCAUCGACAAAGAUGGCCUUCAGCAUCGCGCACAUCCACGCGGGCUUUCUCCCCGCCCUCGUCGUGUUCUUCAUCUGGUCGCUCCCCGGCGCACUGGGCAUGUUCGGACUCGCCCUGGGAAUCCAGCGUGUUGGCGAGAUUCUACCGGACCCCGUGUACGCGCUGCUCUCGGGUCUCAAUGCGGCGACCGUCGGAAUCAUCGCGUUGGCGGCUGUGCAGCUCGCCAAGAAGGCUAUCACCGAUAGGCUGACCAGGGCCCUCGUUGUGUUCGGAGGCUGUGCGGGACUGUGUUACAAUGCGCUUUGGUACUUCCCGGUUCUGAUUUUGAUCGGAGGCGCGGCGACGCUGGCUUGGGAUUGCUGGAUGAAGACCAAGGUGCAGGGCAUCAAGGAGAAAAUGAAGCGGCGGAAGUCGGAGCCGAGGGAAGUCGAGGAGAAUAUCUCUGUCCCUGUGGACCUGGCAGACAGCGCAUCGACAACUCAGCGCCGGCAGACAUCCGCGCCAUCGACUCACGGCGGCUCCCAGGAGGAGGAGCAGAACAUCCUUCCGGCGGUAACCAUGCCGAAGCAUGGUGUCCCCGUCAAGUGGGGUAUCCUCAUCAUCGUCGGGUUCUUCGUCUCGUUCAUCACGCUCAUGGUCAUCCGCGGAGUUCUCAAGGACGUACCUCUGCCGCUGGCCCUCUUCAACAACAUGUACCUCGCGGGUACCGUCAUCUUCGGCGGAGGACCCGUCGUGAUUCCUCUUCUCCGCGAAUACGUGGUCGAGCCUGGCUGGGUGUCGCCCCGUGACUUCCUUCUCGGACUCGCGCUGAUCCAGGCAUUCCCGGGACCAAACUUCAACUUCGCCGUCUACCUCGGAGGACUCACGCUUUCGAAAUCGUCGACGACUCUGGGUGCAGUGAUCGGCUUUCUCGGCAUCUUCUUCCCGGGAAUUGCGCUAUCGGUGGGCUUCCAGAGCUUGUGGAGCGUUCUGCGCAAGAGGCGCACUGUUGUCAGCGUGUUAAGAGGUAUUCAUGCCGCCGCCGUAGGGUUGGUCUUCACCGCCGUGUACCGGCUGUGGGAGAUCGGCUACCUGACGGCUGCGGAAAGCUCCGGCAUCAGUUUGGCGAAGGAGCCCUGGUGGCUGGUGGUUGCGGCGACGACGUACACGGUUGUUGAGUGGUACGGUGUCGCGCCGGCGGCUGCGAUUUUGGGUGGAGGAGUGGCCGGUCUGGGCUGGUGGGGAACUGUUGGGCGGUAAUGUGUAUGAGAAGGGUGGUGGAUUUAUUGGAUGGUGGUUUGCGUUGAUGUGGGAUACCAUAGCACAGUAGAUGAAGCAUGAAAAGACCGU